AUGAGCAGAGCGUCCACACGGGCGGUGGCGUUAGCUUACGAUCACUUCUUCGUGGUUCUAGACAAUAUUGGUAUUCUCUUCGAUGAGGAGGCACUGCCGCGCGGGGGGCCUGAUGGCGAGUCUGCGCGCUCUUUUGAGGGAUCCGGCUUUGACAUCAGGUUUGAGCGCGAGCGGACAGCUGUGGCGGGCUUGUAUGGGACGAUAGUCGAUGCCAACGACGCCGGCUUGAUUGUUAGACUGUACCGGUAUAUCCUUGCCAUUGUCAGUCAGGAGACAACCUUGAGAAUGUGGUUCAUCUGGUCUAUCGCGUUCCUCGUCGUCUACCUCCUCGCGAGCACCGCCAUCUCCCUCGCGACGAACUACUCCAUCGCACGCAAAACCGGCCUGCCAGUGGUCGUCAGCCCCGUGAGCAAAUUCAACCCUCUAUGGCUCGUCUUCCAAAGGCGCCUGGCGCCCUGGAUGAGGCAGAACCUCCCGCUCGGCCUCGGGUCGUGGACGCGGUACAACGUCCUUAGCUGGUUCUUCGACGACAAGUACCUCCUGGCCCAGGAGCUCGGCAGGUCGUGGAUGCACGUGACGCCGCGCGAGAUUGAGUUCCACUGCGCCGACCCGGCCGUCAACGCGCAAGUUUUCGGCCGUAGGAGGGACUUCGACAAGCCGCAUGAGGUGCUGAACCUGGUCGACAUCUACGGGCCUAACAUCUCGUCCGUCACGGGCGCCGAGUGGCAGCGCCACCGCCGCAUCACAGCCUCGCCGUUUAAUGAGCGUAACAAUCGUCUCGUCUGGGAUGAGGCCCUGCGGCAGGCCGGGCAGGUUGCUGCGUACUGGAGUGGUCGCGGGGCUGAGGGGUUCAACUCCACUGCUGCGGACACGGUGGCUGUGUCUCUGAACAUCUUGGCAACUGCUGCGCUUGGAGAGUCUUGGGACUUUCAACCUGCCCAUCAUGCGGAAACCACAAGGCGUGAAAUUCAAAGUGGCGAUGGCCAGGCUACGAGCUACCGCGAGAGCCUGCACACCCUUCUCAGCAGCGUGCGCACGCUGGUGCUCACGCCUAAGUGGCUGUACCGCGUGCCGGAAUGGUGCAUUCCGAGCGAAUAUUUGUCCCGAUUCGUGAGCACUCACAAGGUGUUCGGCAAGUACAUGGAGGACAUGGUGCGUCAAAGGAAGGCCGAUAUUGCAAACGGGAAUACCAGAACGGAUGACUCGACGUUCCUGAGCGCUCUGGUCUUGAAAUCUGAAGAAGUCAGACGAGACGAGGAAAGCAAGAAGACCGGCGGCAAUACAACUGCAAGUCUGAGCAACGCUGAGCUCUACGGCAACUUGUUUACGUACAACCUUGCCGGGCAUGAAACUACGGCCAACUCUCUGAGCUUUGCUAUCUAUUUACUGGCUGCUUUCCCGGAGUGGCAGGAAUGGGUGCGUGAGGAGGUCGAUCUGGUCUACGGAGCACCUGUCGAUGGGAAGGUGAACGGGGCUUAUGAGGAUGUAUUCCCUAAUCUGAAGCGUUGCCGUGCAUUCUUGUUCGAGACACUCCGCUUCUAUGCCCCGGUGCUGAGUAUCAAUAAGGCCACUGUCGGACCUCAUGGCCAGGAAUUAUUGAUUGGUGGCAGAUCCGUCGUAAUCCCGCCCGGGACGACAGUGGCACCGAACGUAAUCGCCUCCCACACCAUGCCUGAGGUAUGGGGAGAGGAUCACCUGGUCUUCCGACCCGAUCGAUGGAUUGAGCAAUCUAGUGACAUCGCCUCUGAGGUGCUUCUGGACAUGCCCGUUUCAGUUGCAGAGAAAAUGACAUCUUCCGACGGCAAAGGCAUUACUUACUUCCCCUGGUCAUCCGGUAGCCGCGUCUGCCCAGGAAAGAAAUUCUCGCAGGUCGAGGUGAUGGCCGUCGUCUCGAGUCUCUUGCUGGAUUAUAGAGUCGAGGUCGUGCCAGAGGGUUUAGAGACAGAGGAGCAGGCUCGGAAGCGAUGUCUUGAGGUUAUAGAGGAUAGUGAGACCCAAAUCACUUUGCAGAUGAGGCGGCCUGAUACUGUGUCGCUCAGGGCGGUGAAGAGGACGUAA